AUGAAAAAGACGCUCAUUUCCGAACCUAUAUAUGGAGGCCCGGUUACGAAUGAGAGCGAGAAAGCUUGGGAUGAUUUGAUGCCGCUCGGCCGAGGGUUCGUCGUCAUCAAAAAUCAGACGGCGCUUCCUCAGGUGCCCAAGUUCAACGCGACCAUGGGCGAAUACAAGGGGGUGAUAUCUGUCUUUCACCAGCUGCAUUGCGUGUGGGCGACUCGGGAGGCCUUCUUCAAGUUGCUUCGGGAGGGUAAUUCGACCGAGAUCGAUCUCGGACACCUGAAGUGGCAGGUGUCGGAAGAGCUCGGGGGAAGUCUGGGAUGGGGCUACCAGCAUCAGUGCUAUGAUUAUGAAGCCCUCAAGGCCUGGGCGGAGGACCACAGCUGGGGUGAUGACAACGAGAAGAAUAUCGAGUAG